AUGGCACAGAAAUCCCAAAGCAAUAUUCUCAUAAUAGGUGCCGGAUCAUGGGGGUGUUCAAUCGCUCUCGAGCUCGCCCGGCGCGGCUACACUUCCAUCACUGUACUGGAUGGCAGCCCAUUCCCUUCGGCCAUCUCGGCUGGCAACGACCUGAACAAGAUUGCUGAGGAAGCAAACGAACCAUCUGAUUCUGACAGCGAUGAGGACUACUUCUGGAACCGCAUAACUCAACUUGCAAUGCACGCUUGGAAACACGACCCCGUUUUCUCAUCCUUCUACCAUGAUACUGGCUUCAUCAUGGCAGCUGUAGGCGACAAAGCAUACAAAGGUUGCGUGGAAUACGCAAAAGGAGAAAAGAUCGCACCACACGUGCUACAAGGCGAGCUUGCAGGAUGGAAGGGAUUUUGGAAGAAGAAGGGCGCAGGCUGGGUGUUUGCGAGUGGCGCUCUAAAGGCCAUGUACAACGAGGCACUAAGACUUGGUGUGAGCUUCAUAACAGGAACCACAGGAAAAGUCCAGGAAUUGCUCUACAACCCAAACAAGAGUCAUGUCACAGGAGUGAGGAUCGUAGAUGGUACCGAGCAUGUAGCAAAGCAGACCAUACUGGCAGCCGGCGCGAACAGCGACCUGCUUGUAGACUUUGAGCAGCAGCUCCGACCUACAGCCUGGACACUGGCACACAUACCUCUCUCCGGCGAGGAGGCAGAGCAUUACCGCAACCUACCCGUACUGUAUGGCGUAGAUCGAGGCUUCUUCAUCGAGCCAGAUGCCGAAAACCACGAGAUGAAGCUCUGCGACGAACACCCGGGCUAUAUAAACCCAAUUUAUGACAACGGAAAGAUGCGGUCCGUUCCGUUUGCCCGUCAUCAAAUUCCCAAGGACGCCGAAUCACGUAUGCGUCUUCUUCUUUCAGAGACGAUGCCACAAUUCUCCGAACGCGACUUCAGCUUCACACGUAUAUGUUGGGACGCAGACACAGUUGAUCGUAUGUUUCUCAUUGACAGGCAUCCCGUGAUAUCAAACUUGAUUGUUGCCGUCGGAGGCUCUGGAAACGGAUUCAUGGCGUCUCCUGCCAUCGGAUCACUGGUUGCCGAUGUGACUGAAAAUAAGGGAGAAGAGAGGCUGAGGAAGGCAAUGAGAUGGCGGCCAGACAUAAGCGUAGAAAGAGAUUGGUGGGAUACGCAGGGCAGGUACGGUGGUCGUGGCAGAGUGAUGGAUUUUCGAGAUGUGGAGGAGUGGACUCCAACAACGGCGUAA